AACACGUCACGAGGGAGUCGGUCGGGGCUCCCAGUGGAGAGCACUGCUUGUCUAAACACCAGUUAACUACAACCGACUCGACCUGCAGGUUUCAGCGGUGUUGGCUUGAUGGGAUCCAGGCGAGUGACAAAGUGAUGGUCUAAGGACUCGCAGUCACAGAGGUGCUUGCGCGUGGAAUGUUGCGCUGGUCGGUGCACCUGGAAGGAGGGCCGCGGAGAGUCAACCAUGCUGCUGUGGCGGUGGGGCACAAGGUGUUCUCCUUUGGAGGCUACUGCUCUGGGGAGGACUACGAGACACUCCGUCAGAUUGAUGUGCAUGUCUUCAACUCAGUGUCUCUGCGCUGGAUGAAGUUGCCUCCAGUGAGGAUUGGAGGAGGACACGAACGAGCCCGUGAAGUGCCAUAUAUGCGUUAUGGCCACACCGCUGUGCUGCUGGAUGAUAUUAUCUACCUCUGGGGUGGUCGUAAUGACACAGAGGGGGCCUGCAAUGUGCUUUAUGCCUUUGAUGUCAACACCCACAGAUGGUUCACACCCAAGAUUUCGGGGACUGUGCCAGGGGCAAGGGACGGCCACUCCUCCUGCGUCCUCGGGAAGGCAAUGUAUAUAUUUGGAGGAUACGAGCAGCUGGCUGACUGCUUCUCCAAUGACAUCCACAAGCUGGACACCAUCCCCAUGGUUUGGUCAUUAAUUAAUGCCAGAGGCACUCCAGCACGCUGGAGGGACUUCCACUCGGCCACCAUCAUCGGGACAAAGAUGUUUGUGUUCGGAGGGCGAGCGGACCGCUUCGGUCCCUUCCACUCCAACAACGAGAUCUACUGCAACAAGAUCAAAGUGUUCGAUACACAGACCAACUGCUGGCUGAGCACCCCUUCAACACAGCCAUUGCCAGACGGACGCAGAAGUCAUUCAGCCUUUUCCUACAACGGGGAGCUGUAUAUAUUUGGUGGAUACAAUGCCCGUCUGGACCGGCACUUCAACGACCUCUGGAAAUUCAAUCCAGAAGCCUUUUCUUGGACGAAGGUAGAACCGAAAGGGAAAGGUCCAUGUCCGCGGAGACGGCAGUGCUGUUGUAUGGUUGGAGAUCGUAUUAUCCUCUUUGGAGGGACCAGCCCCUGUCCAGAGCAAGGAAUGGGUGACGAAUUUAACCUCAUGGAUCAUUCAGACCUGUAUAUCUUAGACUUCAGCCCUAAUUUGAAGACGUUAUGCAAAAUAGCUGUUAUUCAAUACAGUCUGGAGCAGUCAGGACUCCCACAUGAUAUCAGGUGGGAACUGGCAGCCAUGACCACCAACAGCAACAUCAGCAGGCCCAUCUUCUCCUCCCACGGCUGACGCCACUGAAUGUGAAGCAGAACCAGGACUGCUCGCUCUGUUUUACAGGACACCGAGCUUUUAUCUUUAUAAUCACCUGAGCUACGACAGAGCCGCUUUUGUAGAGUUUGGAUCCGUGUGGGAUUUUAUUUCCCACAUUCACUUCAAGUGAGAACUUGUUACCGACCAAAAUAUCCUGCGUAUGACUUCCUUGGACACCAUGAGCGCUCUCGUGUCUACGGAUAUUUUAACCCCAGAGACACUGGUUACAUGUGACAGAAAUUGUUAACACCUGUUCACCUUUUUGUCUUCUUUCUAGCCUCUCUAGAAAUCCAAUCAGCCUAUGAUAAUCAUAGACUCCUAAUCUAAAGCACAGGAAGAGACAAGGACUUCAGCCAAAGGUCUUGAGAGCUAAAUCUCUUCGUUGAGGAUGUUGUCCUGAUGUCACACUCAACAGAUCUCCCCCUAAGAGACAAAUGUGAACCCUUUGUUCUAGCUAUAAAGACACUGAGAUGGUUUGAUGAGUUUGUAUAUCUUGCUGCUCCAACGUGGUCAUAAAACCAUGAAAAACUACCACGCCCAUUUGCAGAAAAAGAAGUAAUGUGGAGAGGACAUGGCUUACUUAUUACUUUGGUGUUAAAUGCAAAGGAGUGUGAGUAUCGAGUAUGUGGUGUUAUGCCUCCUGCUCUUAUGUGUCUCGAAGGUGAUCUGCAGAGCGACUGAAGCAAGCCAUUUGUCCGCCUUUCUAAAACAAUCAAGUCCAUCUACCUCCCUCAAUAGUAUGUAUCAUAGAUCUUUUGAUAAUACUUCCCAUACAUUAGACAUCUACUUUUCCCCUAGAAAAAAAAAAAGAAGGCCUUUUUCACAUUAGUAUUCCUGGUCGUCUGUUGUAUUCUUCCAAGAAAUGUCGUAGCGUUACUGGAAGAGUUCGACUCACCUGCCACGCCGCCCGUUUACCCUGCAGUUUGUUUUUCAGUGCCAAACGUAGAGGUGAAUCAUGCUGCAAAUAUAUACUGUGUAUGUGUGUAAGCACGUGGUCCCGUCUACACAUGACCACCUGCUUCAGUUUGCCUGUUGUCGCGGGAGAGACGGUCACUAAUAUGCAUCAUGCAGUUGUUCCUCUUAUAGACAAUCCUACAGCCAUCGGACUCUCCCUCGUGACCCGCUCGUUCACAGCACGGUGCAAAUAGGACAGGAGAGUGUUUGUGUACGAGUGCGAGCAAAGCUACACCUGAGCAGAUGUUAAUAAGGGCUGUUAUUAGAAUACACACUCACCACACAGCUGGAAAAUGACUCUGGAUAGCUCCAAUUGUGGGGGUUUAUUCAGCGUGUGUGUUUUUAUCUCACAUUCUCACAUUUUAGAACAAAACUUUGCAAACACAGUAGUGGUGGUGGUGGUGGUGGUCGUCUUUUAAUAAAAGCUUUUAUCUCCACCCACUUUAGUUUAAUGAUAAGGUUGGUGAAAUUCUAUAGUUUUGAUGAAGUCAACAUAUCUCAUAAAAGGCCUACAAGUAAGUGGCUCUUAUUUGUUCCUUCUGAACGGAAAAGUUAAUUAAUUUCCUAAAACAAAUUUACAGGAUUAAAUAACGCAUUAUGUUGAGGACUUAUUUACAGUCAAGGAUGGUGGACUCGCAAGUACGUACAGCAGAACAGUGUACCUGGGAUCGAAUAGAAGUAAACUAAAGUAGUCAUGUUCAAUAUUAGUCAAAUGCUCUGGCUCAUUUAUGCAUUUUUAAUCGUUUUAGGGACAAGAUUUAAGGUCUGUGGAUUGAGAUGUAUCAGUCUUUGGAUACACAGACAAUACUUGCUGGUUUUGGUCUUUUUAUGGGAUUUGUUGACGUAAAGAAAAACAGUAUCACCAGACGUAUCCUUUGAAUCUUCUAAAUAAGAAUAAUGAGUAAUGGGGCAUGACAUUGAUUUGAAUGACUUUGUGAGGAUGAAUACACAGGCAGAAGAGUUUUAUUAAAACCGCCUAUUUAUUUUGAUGUGAAUAGGACCUGUGUUACCACACACGUGUGAGCUGCAUCACUGCUUUUCAGUCCUGGUCUUUGGGGCCGCGUGUGCUGAUAGUCAGAUUGAAUCUGUAUCAGUCUCUGAUUAGCUGGCUGGACUUAAACCCCUGCAGGGCUCUGGGUCCCAAACAUCAGGACUGGAUAACACCGACCUACAUGGUAAAUGUUUACAAAUCUGUGUGUUUCAUGUAAAGCAGCGUAAACAAUCUUAAACGCAGGUCAAAGUCACCAAAUAACUGCACUAAAGCCAAUCGUGGCACGACAGGCCUUACAGAGAGGAGACAUGUGGAUUCUGCUUUCUGCCUACGUAGAGUUCCAGAGUUUGAGACGUCUGCCUGCCUAAACCAAGUCUGAAUUUUAUUUAUAGACCGGUGGUGCCAAUGUGACUCAGUCUUAUGCCCUGAACUCUGCACACAAGCAUGGACAUAUCACACACUUGAUAUUCCUCAGUACCCGGUUACAUGGACGACACGUCAGCUAACGCAACGAAACCACAGGGGAGCCCAUCGUGUGUUCACGAAAAGAAAAGGAAAAAAAUACUGGUGAACGUUGUGAACAAAUCAAGCUCUUGAAUGGCCAACGGCAAAACUUUUUCUUUUUUUCUAAUGUGUGGUGUGGAAGUCAUUUUUAUUUGGACCUUGUUGCGUUUGAAGAUUAUGGGUGAUGGUAUUUACAGUCAAGAACGUUUCAGGAAUAUGACAUGAAGUAAAUAUUAGGUCAAUGACAUUGUAGACUAGACACUAUGGACAACAAUAAAAUACCUGCACAACAAAUCUCCUCAGUGAUGGUCACUCAUAACCAGUUUUGGUGAUUUAGCCUAAAUAUAUUGGCACUGCGUUUUAAAUGCCAGUGAUUUUAAACAGCAGUUUCUCCUUGUUAUGUCUCAUUUGACUUUGUGAGGAGGUUUCAGCAAACAGUUCAGACUUGGCAGAGUGACCUCAUUUACCAAACUAAAAGAAACUGCUUCUGUCAACGGAAGUGGAUUAUUAAAUUAUAGCGCGCACUCAUUGUAAGUUAUUGUGUGAGCAGUAAUUAUUUGAUGAGCAGACUGAAGUAGGUAACCAAAACUGAUUUCAUGUUGAGAAGUGCAUUCUAUCUUUAGCACUCAUAGUAUCUGAUUGUAAUAAUUCAUAAACAACAAAGAAUGCUUGGAGGGAAAAAAAACCAACAGAACAAAGUAUGGAGUGUAUUUGGAAUAAAACUGUGCUCCCUAUGCUUAUUGUUUUUAUUUUAUAUUUGACACUGUUUUCAGAGGGGGAUGUCAAGGUUGGUCAGGACUUCCUGUGCAAUAUACUUUAUUACUGUAUCAAUAAUAAA